AUGCUCUCUCCUUCCUCUCUGCCUGAACCAUGCUCUCUUCUUCCUCUCUGCCUGAACCAUGCUCUCUUCUUCCUGGGUGUAGUGGCUUUGUAUGUAGCGGCUGUGGAUGUAGCGGCUGUGGAUGUAGCGGCUUUGGAUGUAGCGGCUGUGGGUGUAACGGCUGUGAAUGUAGCGGCUGUGGGUGUAGCGGCUGUGGGUGUAGCGGCUGUGGUUGUAGCGGCUGUGGAUGUAGCGGCUGUGGAUGUAGCGGCUGUGGGUGUAGCGGCUGUGGGUGUAGCAGCUGUGGGUGUAGUGGCUGUAGGUUUAGCGGCUGUGGAUAAAGCGGCUGUGGGUGUAGUGGCUUUGGAUGUAGUGGCUGUGGGUGUAGCGGCUGUGGAUGUAGCGGUUGUGGGUGUAGCGGCUAUAGGUUUAGCGGCUGUAGGUUUAGCGGCUGUGGAUGUAGCGGCUGUGGGUGUAGCGGCUGUGGGUGUAGCGGCUGUGGGUGUAGCAGCUGUGGGUGUAGCAGCUGUGGGUGUAGCAGCUGUGGGUGUAGCAGCUGUGGGUGUAGCGGUUGUGGGUGUAGCGGCUUUAGGUUUAGCGGCUGUGGAUGUAGCGGCUGUGGGUGUAGCGGCUGUGGAUGUAGCGGUUGUGGGUGUAGCGGCUGUAGGUUUAGCGGCUGUGGAUAAAGCGGCUGUGGGUGUAGUGGCUUUGGAUGUAGUGGCUGUGGGUGUAGCGGCUGUGGAUGUAGCGGUUGUGGGUGUAGCGGCUAUAGGUUUAGCGGCUGUAGGUUUAGCGGCUGUGGAUGUAGCGGCUGUGGGUGUAGUGGCUGUGGGUGUAGCGGCUGUGGGUGUAGCGGCUGUGGGUGUAGCAGCUGUGGGUGUAGCAGCUGUGGGUGUAGCGGUUGUGGGUGUAGCGGCUUUAGGUUUAGCGGCUGUGGAUGUAGCGGCUGUGGGUGUAGCGGCUGUGGAUGUAGCGGUUGUGGGUGUAGCGGCUGUAGGUUUAGCGGCUGUGGAUAAAGCGGCUGUGGGGUGUAGUGGCUUUGGAUGUAGUGGCUGUUUAGCGGCUGUGGAUGUAGCGGCUGUGGGUGUAGCGGCUGUGGGUGUAGCGGCUGUGGGUGUAGCGGCUGUGGGUGUAGCAGCUGUGGGUGUAGCAGCUGUGGGUGUAGCGGUUGUGGGUGUAGCGGCUUUAGGUUUAGCGGCUGUGGAUGUAGCGGCUGUGGGUGUAGCGGCUGUGGAUGUAGCGGUUGUGGGUGUAGCGGCUGUAGGUUUAGCGGCUGUGGAUGUAGCGGUUGUGGGUGUAGCGGCUGUGGUUGUAGCAGCUCUGGGUGUAGCGGCUGUGUGUGUAGUGGCUGUAGGUUUAGCGGCUGUGGAUGUAGUGGCUGUGGAUGUAGCGGCUGUGGGUGUAGCAGCUGUGGGUGUAGCGGCUGUAGGUUUAGCGGCUGUGGAUGUAGCGGCUGUGGGUGUAGCGGCUGUGGAUGUAGCGGUUGUGGAUGUAGCGGUUGUGGGUGUAGCGGCUGUAGGUUUAGCGGCUGUAGGUUUAGCGGCUGUGGAUGUAGCGGCUGUGGGUGUAGCGGCUGUGGAUGUAGCGGUUGUGGAUGUAGCAGCUGUGUGUGUAGCAACUGUGGGUGUAGCGGCUGUGGGUGUAGCAGCUGUGGGUGUAGCAGCUGUGGGUGUAGCGGUUGUGGGUGUAGCGGCUGUAGGUUUAGCGGCUGUGGAUGUAGCGGCUGUGGGUGUAGCGGCUGUGGGUGUAGCGGCUGUGUGUGUAGCGGCUGUGGGUGUAGCGGCUGUGGGUGUAGCGGCUGUGGAUGUAGCAGCUGUGUGUGUAGCAGUUGUGGUGUAG